UGUUUGAAGACGCUGCCAUGCUGCUCCUUGGUUAUAUUGGCUCUUGGCUAUAAGUUUGAUCAGGGCAAACUCAUAUUAUUAUUAAUUCUAAGAUGGCGGAUGCGGUUGGUAUAUAGAGCUCUGUUAAUUGGUCUGAAAUUACCCCUCACAAUUGGGAUCUUUGCGAAAUAAAACGGUACAAGGAAGAGAAGUGUUUUACAUAUGACGGUGAAAAAAUUAAAUGGUCGGAUUCAGUUCUUUCGAAAUGCGAAAGCGAUUUACGAAUUGUUUCGUUACUCAACCUGGUUCGUUGGACGGAGCCGGGUGGUAAAUAUAAGAAGUUUCGCAGCUCCCAUACUGAUUUAUCUAUCUCUUGGAAUCAUGACCUUCACACUCUGUCCUUCAAAGAAAACAAUCUUCAAGUUGAUGCUGCAGAACGUGCCGGUCCUAAGGAGUUUCUCCCGAAUAACAACCUUUCAACUAAUGCCUCGGGGCGCGUUAAUCUAAAGGCUUUUCUGGUCCUCUACUAGCUCUGGAGUGAUCAAGCGAUUACAUUGAAUAUGUCAGUGGGCAAACAAUUGCCGAUAGUCAAGUUUUCAUAUGUUCGGAAUUUCUUGGAGGGAUGUGAGACUUAUUUCAUCGCCCCGACUGCCUGGUAUUAUGUGAGAUCUUUGGGACAAGAUGAGCUUUUUCUGGCAUUUGUAUUGUCAGUCUUCAACGUCACUGCUAUAAUUGGUGGGCCGCUAUUCGGUCACAUGGUUGACCGCUUUGGCUACCCGAGGCACUUCUUUAUUCUCACUUGUUGCCUUAAAUUCAUCGCCUACGUUCUCUACAGCAUCAAUAUUUCAGGAUUCUUCCCUUUGUUUGGUCGACUGAUCAGCGGACUAAGCGCUGGUGGUACCAUGGCAAUACUUCAAGGCCAGGUCGCAUUGCAAACCACAGUUGAAAAUCGGGCCUCAGUUUUUGUUUUAAUGGAGGGUAUCUACUGCCUUGGGGGAACGUUUGGACCCGCCAUUGGGAGUUUCAUUACAUUCAACGUCACAAUUUGGGGAUGGCAUAUCAACCAAGGAAACUCUCCCGGGAUAGUACUGACCAUGAUUUGGGCCGUAUAUUUGAUCGUGACUUUGAUAACGCCAAAGUACAUGUGGGUGGAAACUGGGACAAGCCAUUCGAAGGGUGCCCGAAGUUUGACCGAUGAUGAUACGAAGAGUGGCCGAGAUUUGGUCAAGAUGGAUCCGAGUUUAAGCGAGAGUGAAAAACGCGCCGAAAGUGCCAAAGAUCGUUUAAUAAAAACGAGCUCUCGCCGAACCCUCGCCGACAACGAUCAAGAAGGUUUGCCGAAGAUUGAGUGGAACUCGCAAAUUUUAUGCCUACUUUUUCUGGUAUUUUCGAACGAAUCUCUGUCGAGUACGGCGACAUUUUAUGUCCCAGUUCUUGCCUUGAAUCAUUUCCAUCUUAAAUUAAUCCACGUUAAAUUGCUCUUCCUCAAUUGUACGGCUUUCACUCUUCUUGUUUUUAUUCUCUUCUCGAUAGCUUCCAAACGUCUAGAAGAAAGGAAACUCUUUGUGGUUGCCUUGGCAAUGCAGUUAACGGCAUUAGCCUUGCUAACAUCGCUUGGUUUUGCUUGGGAACACAUCAGUUACUUUCAAAACUACAUUCUCCUUUUGUACAUAUGUUUUGGUAUGCCUUAUUUCGCUUUUCCGUUCAGCAACGCCAUUCUUUCGAAGAUCACUAAUCCACAAAAUGCAUCUUUCUACCAAGGGGUAUCUUUUGCCGCGAUGCACUUAGGUAUUGUGAGCAGUCGAGUUGUUAUAAGUUUCAUUCAAACACAGGAAGUUUUGCUUAUCUACUGUUUAGCAUUAAUUUGCCUUUGGCUGGUUGGCUCCGUGUGGUUUUCUAUACAUUUCAAGCAAUUUGCUGGAACAGGUCAAUAUGACGAUAAAUAGAUUUUAGAUAGCCGAAAACGGAUUUAUAAAAACUAUCGUUUACAAAAAUUAAAAAAAUACACUAUUUGCGAAAAACUAUCUUGAAAUUUUUUAUCAGAAU